AUGCGUGUUCUAAAUAGCUUCGUCAUUGGCGUUUUCAUUGGAGGGUCUUGGUGUCAAUCUGCGGAGGAGCCUGCAACACAAGUUGAGAGUGUUGCUAGCCAGCAGAUCCCAGUACCAAACGUCAGCGUAACUGCACCGACUCAGCAAGAUGCCCCGGUAGAGUCAACUGUUCCCACAGCUCCCACAGCUCCCACUGUACCGACUGUCCCGACUGUACCAUCAGAGCCUACAACACCAACCCAGCCAACCGUCCCUACUGAACCAACUCAAGAAACAACAUUGACUGAGCCAACUGUGCAGACCGAGCAGACAGAAUCAACAGCAACGUUAGAAUCCCCUACUUUGCCACAGCCUAUUCAGCCUACAGUAUCGACUGAAGCAACUGGAUCUGCUACCGAUUCUAUUGGAACUGCAGAAUCUAGCUUACCGACGGAAACGACUGAACCAACCGCUUCAGCGGAUCUGACUACUCCCAGUCAACUGGAACAACCUACCAGUGCAACCGAAUCGGGAACUGAAUCUGUACAACCAACUGAGUCUCCUACUAUAUCAGAUCAACUGACAGAUCCUACUUCUCAACCUAUCCAGUCAUCGGAAUCUGAUACUGGUAGCCUUCCAUCAGCUGAGCCUACUGAGACAGAACUUAGCCAAUCUGACCAACCACUUGUAUCCCCAACUGAAUCCGUCCAAACAUCGGCUCCGACAGAGCCCACUGGCGAUACCCAAGUCAGUGCACCAACAGACUCUGCCACCCAGCCCACCGAGGCGACUGAGUCUAUUGAGCCUGCUACUUCAAUUGAGUCACCACAGCCUACCGAGUCACCUGUUCAAACUGAAUCAGUAGAAGCUCCCACUCAGUCCGCUCCGGCAAGCGAAUCUGCUCAGCCAACCAGCCAAGCAGAGCCCACUGCCACAUCUGAAGCUGUACAGCCUACACAGGACACUGGGCCAAGUCAGUCAGCUGUUCCGGCUCCAUCAAGUGAUGCAGGGGGACCCUCAGCAUCAGAGGCACAGACGGAGCCCAUCACUGGAUCUGAUCAAACAGUGGAGCCACCUGUCCAAACUGAACCCCUAUCCGGACUGACUGAGCCGACUGAUGGAGUCGCGUCAACCGCCCCGUCAGAAAAUAUUCCAAAAGCGUCUGUAGGUCCUACAGAGACUGAACAGAGGUCGGCUGGUCCUACCCAGGCGCCAUCCGGUGAUUCCAAUCAGCCUAGUGGCGGGCCUGACGAAACGCAAUCGUCUCCAUCAGGCUUCACGACAGUUACUGUUCCUCCGUCUGAACCUUCAGGUGAAGUCGUUAGGUUGGAUCUAACCGAAGCUUCACUGGGCCCAGGUGCAACAAUCACAACUAUUGCAGGAAAAGAAGCCAUCGUACUGCAAGCCCCUCCUAACAGCGAGGCAAAGUUUACACUCGAAGUCAAGGAACCUCUGGAUAUCGUUGAAGAUAGUCUCGUCAACGUCAUGGUUUCUGUCAAAGUCGAGGAACUUGAUUCUACCAAUCUUCGCAAGAGGUUCCUUUUUGAAAGAGCGACAGGCACCAGGCUGCAGUUGAUCAUGAACGAGAAGAAGAUUUAUGAUAAGCAAGUCGAGACUACCGAUGGCAGGUUCCGAGAGAUCAAAAGUGAAAAGACUAGAUUCGUGCAGAAUCCCAUCAUUGAGGUACUUCAAAGGGCUGGGAGCAACCCUGUUGCUGUGACAAGCCGACUGCUCAGCCCCAAGAACCAACCGUCCAACCUGAAGAGCCAACCAUCCAACCACAACGGCCAACCGUUCAGCCAGAAGAACCAACUGUACCAUCAGAGGACACAGGGCAAGUUUCUGUCCCAGGUAUUGGCAAUCCACCAAUAUCUACUCCAACAAGUACCCCUGGGCCGGUGCAACUUCGUCCAAAUGAGGCACAUCAUGAUGUUGUGGUGA